AUGUACUAUAUCCUCUAUCUCGCAAGCCUCUGCCGCCGCCGCCGCUGGCCAGACCCCAUCUACGAAUCCUACACCGCCGGACCGGGCUUCACCUGCACCGUCCGGGUCAACAACCGCGAGUACCAGACGGACGCCGUUUGCGAGUCCCACACCCUGGCGCGCGAGAACGCCGCCAUGCGCGCCUACCUGAUCUGCCGCAACUUCUCCGUCAACGACGGCAUGUACCCGGCCGGGACGGACCACGGCGGCGUCGUGCAGGGCAUUCCCGUGGCGAUUGGCACGGGGCGCAAGGCCCGGUACGUCGACGAGACGGACCUGUCGACCAGUGGCGAGAGCAGGAGUGGGGGGAGCAGUCCGGAGAGUUAUGAGGGGCGGAUGGAGAGGAGGGGGAUGGGACCCAGUCGCGCGUUGGCGUUUGGGCGGUAG